AUCCAUACAGACUGAGACCAUCGAGAGGUGAAAUUAUGACCCAGAUUGCCCCCAAAAUGGCUAAAAACAACUUUAGGCUCAGAGUCCAGCGUCGCGUUUUGCUUUUGCAGCGGUGCUUUUGCUGUUUUUGGGACAGACUUCUCAUGUGUUCCCCGGGAAAUCCUAUUGGGUAUCGUAUGUUAUCACAUGCUACCAACCCCGCCGACGACAUUUCGACGGCGUCGACUAACCUUACCACGACGCCGCCGUCGCCCGUUUGCCAUAGUAGUGGCCACCAAGAUCAUAAAGACUCGGAUUUGGUUCCGUUGAAAAUCAGCCUCUUGGGAGACCCUCAAAUUGGGAAAACUAGUUUUCUGGCGAAAUAUAUUGGGGAUGAGAAAGAUGAACAAGAAGACAAUCAAGAGAAAGGGUUGAAUUUGAUGGAUAAAACAUUUGUUGUAGAAGGAGCAAGAAUAUAUUACAGUAUCUGGGAAGUUGAUGGAGCUGAGAAAUCUCAGAAUCACAUUCCCCUAGCUUGCCAAGAUUCUGCGGCAAUUCUUUUCAUGUUUGAUCUAACAAGCAGAUGUACUUUAAACAAUGUCAUAAGUUGGUAUCAAGAAGCAAGGAAAUGGAAUCAGACGGCGAUACCUAUUUUGAUAGGAGCCAAAUUUGAUGAUUUCAUCCAACUACCUAUUGAUUUGCAGUGGACAAUUGCCAGUCAGGCAAGAGCAUAUGCAAAGGCCCUAAAUGCUACACUGUUUUUUUCAAGUGCUGCAUACAACAUCAACGUGAACAAGAUCUUCAAAUUCAUUACGGCCAAGCUGUUUGAUCUGCCAUGGAAGGUUGAACGCAAUCUGACAAUCGGAGAACCCAUCAUCGAUUUCUAAAGUUUUUCCUUCUCUGUACAUACACAAAAAACAAGCUGUCCAGAUAAGAGAUUCU